CAUCGAACCUAUUUCGUUCAAUAGAAUUUCUUUAUAUUACUUAUUGAUAAGAUAAGAGAUGAAUUAUUUUAUAAGAACCACGAUCAGAUCCUUCAAUUACAUGAUCUCAUCAAUUUAAAGGUAUAUUGAAGACAUUAUUUCAAAAUGUUGAAAUUCGUAUUCCUGGUCGCCAUUUUGGCGGUUUGUGCUGCUUUUCCAAAAUCGGAGUUUAGAACAACAUUUAUCCACCCCACCAACAGGCAAUCUAAGCCUCUGUCAGAUGGAUUAACAAUUAUAAAUGGGCAAACCGCCAGGCCUCAUCAGUUUCCCUAUCAAGUAGGCAUGUACGUUAAGACGCCUCUGUAUACUGAUUUUUGUGGCGGUUCAUUGAUUUCUAAACAUUACGUAUUGACAGCAGCUCAUUGCGUCGACAAGGCAUUGAGUGUGAAGCUUGUAUUCGGAGCUCAAAACGUGUCGGACCCUAGUGAAAAAUCCCAAGUUAGAGUGGCAUCUGAAAGUUUCGUAGUACACCCAGGAUGGGAUGAAGGCAACUUGGUUAAUGAUAUCGCUUUGAUAAGGCUAUCGACUCCCAUUUCUGAAACUAAUGCAAUUAAAAUCGUACCGUUGGCAAAAGGAAGCAAUACGUUCGCUAAUCAAAAUGGUGCUGUUGCCGGUUGGGGACUGACUAAAACAAGCCAAAAAGGAGUCACGCCCGUUUUGAAUUACAUCAAUACCGCUAUCAUGUCUAAUGAUGAUUGCAGAAAAUUCAAUAAUGACUACUACACCAUUGUAAAAGAUACUCAUCUAUGUAUAUCGGCAGGUGCAGCUAAAUCGUCGACAUGCCAAGGUGAUUCAGGUGGGCCUCUGGCAGUGAACGGUAUACAAGUAGGAGUGGUUUCUUUUGGAGCUCCAGAUUGUGAAUCAGGAAAACCAUCAGUUUUUACGCGAGUCACCGAAUUUCAAGAUUGGAUUGCACAAAAUUCAGAUGUCAAAUUUUAAUAUUUAUUUAUUUAUUUAAGCACAAGUAAUGAAUAAAAAUUUUAAAACGAA